AGAUGUGCCUCAGGAGCUGCUGUCUGCCAGAGAUGUGCCCCUGGAGCUGCUGUCCGCCAGAGAUGUGCUUCUAAAGCUGCUGUCCACCAGAGAUGUGCUCCUGGAGCUGCUGUCCACCAGAGAUGUGCCUCCGGAGCUGAUGUCCACCAGAGAUGUGCCCCCGGAC